AUGAAAAGGUUUUCUGGUGUUUUCUCUCGCCAGGCGGGAGCUCUCUUUUUCCGGCAAUUGCCAGUGGCAACCAUACCCUUACAACGACAACAACAACAACAACAACGGUUUCUCAGCACCACGACUACAAGUGGUGAGAAUGCCGUUCCUGGUGUUGGCGGUGAUGUGCAGGAUACGGAAGAGACACAUCCAGACUUCCAGCCUCGUCUUGUCAACACGGAAUUCGCAGAGGAUGAAAUCGCGAUGGUUAAAAACGAUAUUAACGACACUAUUAAAUCAGAAGAUGUGGUGGUAUUCAUUAAAGGAGUUCCAGAGGCACCUAUGUGUGCCUUUUCAAAACGUAUGAUUGAUAUGUUGGAGCUGCUGGGUCUGGAGUACACAUCAUUUGAUGUACUGGCACACCCUGUAGUGCGCACAUAUGUAAAGGAGGUGAGUGAAUGGCCCACUAUUCCACAGUUAUUUAUGAAGGGUGAGUUUGUUGGGGGAUUAGAUGUUCUGCAGAAGAUGUUAGAAAGUGGUGAUUUACAGAAACUACUGGAACAGAAGGGAAUUACUUUCCGCAAGCCGUAG